UUUCUCUGUUUGGCAAUGGAGCCCCACAUCCUACGGAGGUGGCUCAACUUAACAAUGGCACUGCUUUGACAACUGGAGGAGUCACGAUGGAUUGAUCAGUCUGCUGCAAGCUCAAGUAUACCCGGCCCUAAACCUCGAGCUCCUGCAGGUACACCUGUUGUCAUUUCGUUGACAACUCCUUUCAUCUACCAGCCAGCAAGGGGAGAAUCUGGGGCAACGGGGAUAGACACCUGUUUCAUGUCACCUAUGGCUGGCACAGAAGACUACGGAUACGUUCCACAGACAGUUCUCAACUUUCUGAUAGCUGAUGAAGCGUAUUCGUCCCAGUACCCGGGCUUGGCGGCAUGCUUACCUGCUGGUCCAUCUAUUGUACCUUCGGGAUGUUCAACAGUCGAAACUUUCAUUACGACAUUUACUACCACCCUUCCAGCAUCAACAAUUAUUAGUACAAUUACCGCCAGCUUUUCGUUCUUCGAUGUGACCACCACUCAACCAGAUUCAAUAAUAACCAGCCUUAAUACCAUUUUUAUCACAUCGACACUCAUCUCUAUCAUUCCAGGAUCGACCAUCUCUGGAGGGGAAAGCAUUUCCAAAUCUAUCUUCACAACGACGCGUAACAACUUGACGAUCACUAGGACCUCUCCUGUUACGUUUACUCUCACAGAGCAGACUGUGGCCGAAUCGACUUCCUUUAGCACGUUUGUAGAGGCGACUACCACUGCUUUUAUAGAGACCAUACCGGGGACAACAGGCAUUACCGUCGAGUCAACUCCAGUGCUUGAAUUUGAGAAUGUCGUAUUUCCGCCCUCGCCCUCUGUGGGCACCAGUACCAACUUUGUCACUGUUGCUGCCGUUCAAACCCAAGCUCCACCAACCUACGUCCCUGCCGACAGUGGGAAUGAUAUCACGAAUCCUGUAGUGACCGUUGUGACCCGUCCUGCUCCUGUCCAGCAACCUAUUGUCCAGAAUCCACCCGGUCAGAAUCCACCCGGUCAGAAUCCACCUGGUCAGAAUCCACCUGGCCAGAAUCCACCUGGCCAGAAUCCUCCUACUGCUCCCAACCCAAUUGCCAGUGCCAUCUGCCAAAUCAUUGGAUGUGCAACGGGCCCACCAGGGAAUACGCCAGGAUCCGGUGGGCAAACUUCAGCAGGUGUCGGUGUCAUCGUGCAGCCAACUACGAUUCCACUCUCCGCGGCUCCACCUGGUCUUUCGGGACAAAUUUCGACGAUUGGUGGGACCCCUGUGCUAGUUGUGACUGCCCCUGUGACAUUUGCUCCCUUUACCCCUACACCCGAUUCCAUCCCGGGAGCCAGUGUUACAAUAAUAAAUGGCUCUCCCUCGAUCGUUAUCUCCUCUUCGACGUUGAUUCCGGUAGUAAACGCUCCUCCUCAGCUCUCUAAUGUACCUACGACUAUAAUUAAUAAUACACCUUUCUUGGUAGUCGGCCCUACUACCAUUGCAGCACCAUCUCCACAACCCAAUGGACCUAGCACAACUAACCACUUGCCAACGCUCCUCCUGGUCUUAACGGUGUGACCACUACCAUCAGUGGAACUCCUUUCUUGAUCAUACCUUCCGCCACAGCCCUCCAGCUCUCAACAUCAAUCCCAGGCUUGGUAACCGUUAUCAAUGGCAUAACAGAAGUUAUCUUUACAGGGCUAGCCACAGUCCCUGUAAACUCAGCAUUUUCGCUAUCGGGCUUCACGACGGUCAUUUCUGGAAUUACAGAAGUGAUUUUGAGCACACCUACGACGAUAUCUCUGAAGACAAGCCCAAGUUCAGCUUCUGCGAGUACUUUGUCG